GCCACUUCCACACCGCUCAUCUUACCUCAUCCGAGGAGCAUGUUUUUGCCUCUCUUGUCGGGACCGCCAAUACGUCCGAAAACCUGGGGAAGCUCUAACAAGUCUCCCUACCAACCGGCUAUGAAUCGCAUCAUCGCAUGGCCCGUGACCGCGAGCCGCCUAUCAUUCUCUUUCCGAGUCCCUUCUCUCUUCUCUUCUUUAGACAUCCGUUAACGCGCUCCCUGAAUCAUUUUUCCUGUCCUCCUUUCCCUUCUUCCUUUCCCAUGCGGACAAGUGCGACUUGGAACAGGAACAGUUAUGGACGACGCUGAGCUCAUGCUGGAACUGAACAGCAAUUACUCACUCAGCGCCAUCUCCUUCGCGAUCCUCUUCUACGACUACUUCCUCACGCUCCAGAGCGAGAUCGAGCGAUACUGGCCGCGGGCUCGGCACAGAUGGAGCUGGAACUGGGCGUCGAUCCUCUACUUCGCCAACCGCUACGGAACUCUGCUCGGCAACGUCCCUGUCGUCGUGCAUUACCUCUGGAGUGCUGAGCCCACGGCCCACAAGGAAAAAGUGAGCGAUCCAUCUCAUUGCCAUUGUGGGUUCUGUCUCCUCACGCACAGGACGCAGAUAUGCCACCUACUGGAGAGCUACCACGAGUACUACAUCGUCGGCUCGCAGGUCAUCGUGGGAACGAUGCUUCUCCUGCGGACAUACGCGCUCUACGGCCAGAACCGAUGCGUGCUGGGGUUCCUCCUAUUGGUCGGGGCGGCUGUAGUCGUCUGCGGCGUGUACGGCACCGUCUUCCUCGGCAGCCCCGGCAGCCACGAAGCAAACAUCCCGCUCGAAUUCGGCUGCGACUAUCCCAUCAACCGCAAACAGGCCAACGGCGCGAUGUUCGCCUGGGCCGCCAUGGGCGUCUUCGACGUCGUCAUCUUCCUCCUGACGGUGUUCCGCGCGAUCCGGAUGCGGGCCCGCGGGGACCACAUGUGCUUGCUGACGCUGCUUCUUCGCGACGCUGACGGCGCGGCCCUCGCAGGCUCGAUAUACUUCGGGGUCAUGGUGCUGCUCAAUCUGUCGAAUCUGCUGACAUAUGUUUACGCUCAGGUCUGCCUCCCUCUCGACGCUCGAUUUCAAAUCACGCUUAUUUUCCAGAAGUACACCCGCGGAGUAGCCACGACAUUCAUGAACAUAAUGUCAUCGGUCAUGAUUUCUCGAUUGAUGCUGAACAUCCGCGACCCUGCCUUGUCGUCUCCGAUUCUGGGCCACUCCGACACGCCGUGCGAUACCACAGAAAUCACGAGGGGUGCCAUGUUAUCCACGGUUCUGUCGGCGGAGGAGAGCGAAGGAACCGGUUCGGCUUGAUCGCUACAAUAGUCAUUCCUGUCAUUGCGUCACCUCAAUCAUUCACAAGCUCCUCAGUUCCGCCCAAACACAUUUGCCGGGUCUCUGGUUAUUGGGCCAGAUCAACCCAGAGGCAGAACAGUGACCAAGCCGAGAAAAGAUCGGAGCCUUUGCUGUUGUCCGGUCGACGCGUCGUGCACUGGUGCAUGGGGUGAAGUGAAGUUUGCGCAGAUCCUUACGUUUACGUAAGUAUCCGCUCGGACAUUCGGACUACUCGAUAUUCGGAGCCGCAGACUCGGCUCUCAUCACUGUCACGUCAUGUAAGGCCCCCAAAUGUAAUUGUGCGCGCUGAAAGAGUCAACGGGGGGAUUACCUCGGCGUGAGAUCACUUUCUUAUGAGUGCCCGUGGAACAAGCGUCAACGCGGCAGACAUCCAACGGCCGUCCAAGCUAUUGAGCUGUGGAAGAUAUCGGCGUGCAUUUACUGCAAUGGGCUGUGGGCAUCGUCCGCUCCUGUUGAGUACGGAAAGAAGUCGGGAUAUGAGAAUACUGUAGAUUUGUUGAAAAUUAUAGAUGAAGACUGAACCAGGCUCAAGGGUAAGGCAGAUUUCAGCCAGAAAAAAAAGACAGCUAUUCAGAUCAUACUUAACAGACACGUAUGGAUCCAUCAUAAUUCAUAAUGCAUAAUUCAUACUUUG